AUGGGCGAAGAAGGGGCAGCUGCUCCGUUGCUGGAUGGGAAGCUUAACGCGAGGAGAAGCGAAAAUGGCGACGGAGAGGCGGCAGCAGCAGCAGGGAGAAGGAGGUGGUGGCGGUGCCUGUGGGACGCGGAGGAGGCUGCGGGGCAGGUUGCCUUCGCGGCGCCCAUGGUGGCCACCAGCAUGGCCUUCUACGCCAUCCCGCUCGUCUCCGUCAUGUACGCCGGCCGCAUCGGCGACCUCGAGCUCGCCGGCGCCACGCUCGGCAACUCGUGGGCCACCGUCACAGGCAUCGCGCUCAUGACUGGGUUAAGCGGGUCUCUGGAGACGCUUUGCGGCCAAGGCUAUGGCGCAAAGGUGUACCGCAUGCUCGGCGUGUACCUCCAGGCAUCCAUCAUCACCUCGGCUCUCUUUUCAGUCCUCGUUUCGCUCCUGUGGCUCUACACCGAGCCACUCCUCAUUUUCCUGCACCAAGACCCCGAGGUCUCAAGAAUGGCAGCGGUGUUCCUGCGAUACACAAUCCCGGCACAGUUUGCCUUUGGCUUCAUCCAGUGUAUCCUCAGGUUCCUGCAGACACAGUCCGUGGUGAUGCCACUGGUGGCGUUCUCGCUCCUGCCACUGGUGUUCCAUGUCGGGAUUACCCAUGCCUCCGUGCACUACCUGGGGCUUGGCUUCGCAGGCCCAGCCAUGUCAACUUCGCUGUCUCUGUGGCUAUCUUUCAUUAUGCUCGCAUCCUAUGUGAUGUUGUCGACGAGAUUCAAGCAGACCUGGGCGGGAUUUUCAACAGAAGCGUUUCAGUACGUGCUGCCCGGCCUCAAGUUAGCUGUUCCCUCUGCAAUGAUGGUGUGCUUUGAAUACUGGGCGUUUGAGAUAUUGGUGUUGCUUGCUGGGCUGAUGCCAGAUUCUCAAAUGAGCACUUCUAUUAUUGCGAUGUGUGUGAUGCAACCUGACAGUGCAAACACGGAAUCAAUUUCAUACAUGAUCACCUACGGGUUCGCUGCUGCCAUCAGCACAAGGGUAUCGAAUGAGCUGGGAGCAGGUAACAUUGACAAGGCAAAGAAGGCACUCAAGGUGACGCUCGCGCUCUCCCUACUCCUGGGAGUGACAUUUCUUCUGCUCCUAGGUCUUGGCCAUAAUUUGUGGGCUGGGCUGUUCAGCAAGAGUGAGGCAGUGAUAAGUGCAUUUGCUUCGAUGACUCCAUUUCUCAUUGGGUCAGUGGUGCUGGACUCCACUCAGGGAGUCCUGUCAGGGGUUUCAAGAGGCUGUGGUUGGCAGCACCUGGUAGCAUGGACCAACUUGGUGGCCUUCUACAUAAUAGGCUUGCCAUUGUCUCUCCUACUUGGAUUCAAGCUUGGCUUUCAUACUAAGGGAUUAUGGAUGGGUCAGAUAUGCGGUCUCCUUUGCCAGAACGCUGUUCUCCUGUUCAUCACGCUCCGAACAAAGUGGGAAAGAUUGGAACUGGCGACAAACAGCAAAGAGGGUGACCUUAUCUGUUGA